AUGCCGCUCUUCAGAAAGGAUAAGGAUAAAAGACAAUCCGAGCGACGCGCUAACAUCCGGGAGCGCUACGAUUUCAAGGACGUCCUGGGUACCGGUGCUUUCUCGAAGGUGUUUUUGGCGGAGGAGAAGUCGGAGCCUGGAUUGCUCGUGGCAAUCAAAUGUAUCGACAAGAAAGCCCUGAAAGGCAAAGAGGAAUCGCUGGAGAAUGAAAUCAAAGUGCUACGCAAGCUGCGGCAUUCAAAUAUUGUACAGUUAUACGAUACAUAUGAUGAAAAGCAGUAUGUGUACCUCGUCAUGGAGCUUGUCACCGGUGGCGAAUUGUUCGACAGAAUCGGAUCGUUUACAGAACGUGAUGCAUCGGUACUAAUGCGCCAGGUGCUCGAGGCGGUGGCAUUUAUGCACGAAAAUGGAGUCGUCCACAGGGAUCUGAAGCCGGAGAAUUUAUUGUAUUAUGAUCAGAAAGAAGAUUCGAAAAUAAUGAUUUCUGAUUUUGGUCUUUCAAAAACCGAAGAAUCAGGUGUUAUGGCAACAGCAUGCGGUACUCCCGGAUAUGUGCUACAACAGAAACCGUAUGGCAAAGCGGUGGACGUGUGGUCGAUUGGCGUGAUCACUUACAUACUGCUGUGCGGCUACCCGCCAUUCUACGAUGAGAACGAUGCGAAUCUAUUUGCUCAAAUAAUUCGCGGUGAAUACGAAUUUGACUCCCCGUACUGGGAUGAGAUCUCUGAUUCAGCGAAGGAUUUCAUAUCACAUCUGAUGUGCUGCGAUCCGGAACAAAGAUUCACCUGCCAACAGGCAUUAACCCAUCCCUGGAUUAGCGGUGAUACGGCUCGUACAAAAGAUAUUCACUGUCUGGUGGCGCCACAUCUGAAGAAGAGCCUUGCGAAGCGAAACUGGAAGAAAGCAUUCAAUGCAACGGCAGCCAUUCGGCAGCUACAAAUGCUUCGACUUUCUGCAAUAUCCCAGACUGCGUCCACGUCUACGUCCAACGCCGAUGAUGAUACUCAUCGGCCAAAUAGCCUUCAUGAUAACCACUGGGUUGAUUCAUAA